AUGAAUGUUAAGAAGAAGAUCUUACCGGUAAUAUGCUUGAUGUCAGCGUACGUGCACUGGAUCAAGCCUCGUUUGCUGUCUGCUUCCGCGUCUAAGGGCGGAAAGUCGCUGCUAUUGCAUCUGUGUGGCCGUUCCAGGUUUCUCAUACCCAUGAUCGUGUUCACUGCAUUUUGGCUAUUUGACGCACAGAUGCAGAUCGAGGCUUCUGUCAGCCUGACACUCAGGCGCAACGUACAGAUAACUAUUGGUACAGCUGAAGAGGAGCCCGAAGUGGACGUUGAUGACGAUGAGGAGGAAGAAGACGACAACGACGAUGAUGCUGAUGACGACUUGUACACCAUUGACUCGUAUUCAGACAUCUCUUCUACUUCUGAUGUUAGUAUGCUUGAAUUGGAAGACGUGCACAUCGCAUUACAGGAAUUUAUCAAUAGUGAUGGAGCUGGUAGAAGGUUUUCUAUUAGGUGA